AUGCCGGACAGCAGCGGCGUGACCGUGUUCGACGACCUGCCCAAGUGGCUUGUCGUUGACGAGAUCCUUGUCUGGCUGCCGGCCAAGGAUGUACUUCGCUGCCGUGCCGUCCACAAGUCGUGGCGCAGUGGCACUUCCACCAACGCGUUCAUCCUCAACCACCACCACCGCCAGCCCUCGCUCCCCAUCAUCCAAAACAUAGAAGGCAUCUAUCGCCAUGCCGGAUCCCCUACUGAUAAAAAGAUACAGCGUGUCCUCCGGCACGUAGAUCCCUUUACAAACGAGAUGACUGUAUGUCAUGCCGCUUGUGAUGGCCUCCUCAUCCUGGAGAAGCAAUCCAAUUUCUACAUCUGCAACCCUACCACCCGCAACGCCGUCGACGUAGUCGGCUUCUACCGGCUCCACACAUCUGGAGAACACCGUGUUCUCUGGGUGUCAUACUCAAAAGAAGUGUCGUACUUGGUACUCAUUGGGGCUGCCGUCCCAACUAAGUUGCCUGAUUACUUCGUCCUCACAGUGGGAUCGGACCAGCCAAGAUGCAUCCAAUGGCUGACAGUUUCAAAACAUGGGUAUCCCGCUACCCAGUCCUUCAAUUCUCCACCAGUCCAUAAUUGUGCUCGCCUGCACUGGGCAAUAGGCCUCAACAUAACAGUAUUUGACACUGUAGCCGAGACAUUCCGGCAGAUGAGCCGCCCAACACAGUUGGGUGAUAAGGUGACAUUGUUGGAUAUGGGCGGCUCCCUUGCCUUGUGCUGCACCAUGAUUGACUGUGUCAAUUUAGAUGUUUGGGUAUUGCAGGACUAUGAUGCUGAGACGUGGGGCUUUCAGUACCGGAUUAACUUGUCAGCAAUGGAGGCAUUGCCACCACUUGAUAUGAGCAUUAAACAUCCCCCUAGGAUGGCCCUGAUCAACGAGCGUGAACUGUUGAUCGAGCAGUGUGUUAGCCGUCUGUUGCAUUGUGACAUUGCUGGUGCGUUUUUAGGAAAUGUGAGCAACGAAGAUCCUUUGAGCCGCUUUAUGUUAACUAUGCAUCGCCUCCAAGAGAUCAUAAUUUCACUUCCAUUGUUUGAGGGGUAG